GAGUUGCCGUAGUCAGGAAGCAAGCUUUCCUUUUUUUCUUUUCCAUCUUUCCCAUCAAGUUGAACGUGCUGAAGUGAUUUAGUCAUCCCUAUUUGUCCGGCCCCUCCCUCUCCACCUGCUCUGUUUCCUAGCUCUGCUCCUGUCCCCGCCCCUGUCUCCACCCCUCCCCGCAACCAUAGGCCGAGGGUCCACCAAUGGCGGCCGCUCCGGCAGCCUUGAGGGACUACAUAUGCAAAACAACCGCUGCUUAAUAUUCAUGAGCUGCUUUUGGGGCUUUAAGUCGUUGAUUAGGACAGCGGCACAGCUUUCUGUCCCAACUGCCCGCCUGACUGGCUGACUUUGUGUGUGUGUGUGUGUGUGUGUCUGUCGCACCCCUUCUCUCUCCCACUGGCCAUACACACACACUCUCUCUCACUCACAUCCACCCAGAGCAGAUCAGUGCAGGCAGGCAGCGCUCAGCCCGCUAAAUUGUGUUGCUUCCUCCAAGUGGAAGCAAGGACCGAGAGACCGGAGAAAGAAGAGGACACAUAUUGAAACUUUUUUUUUUUCUUCCCACAAAACAGCCCAAUCUUUUUCUCUGGAGGAGGUUGACAUGACAAUGAGACGUUAUCGCCGAUGGAUUUGGUAGGACAUCCGCUCUCCGAGUGUUUUUUAAUGCACUCUGAACAAGAGUAGAAUGAACUUGUCGAAGGGUCCACUGGUGAACAGCAGCACUGACGACAGCUCCAAGUCAACGUACGGUAAAUGCGGCGCUGGCGCCUGGAGGAUGCACCAAAGCUACGAGCCGCUGGAGACCAACCACAUGAGAGACCCACAUGCCCUCUACAACCCGAGGCUUCUCUGCAGAAUGUCCAGUAAGGAGCGCCACCUUGAGUCCAACUGUCCGUCCUCGUAUAUAAAGACAGAGCCAUCAAGUCCCGCCUCCCUGACUGACAGUCUAAACCACCAUUCGCCCGGGGGCUCCAGCGACGCCUCAGGCUCCUAUUCGUCCACCAUGAACGGCCACCCCAAUGGCUUAGACUCCCCGAGUCUUUACGGCUCCAAUGCGGGGCCUCUAGGUCCCGCCGGCGGCCCCGGAUCCAAGCGCUACGAGGACUGUUCGUCAACGAUCGGGGAAGAUUCGCAGAUAAAGUGCGAGUACAUGUUGAAUUCCAUGCCAAAGAGGCUGUGUCUGGUGUGUGGGGACAUUGCUUCUGGCUACCACUAUGGUGUGGCGUCAUGUGAGGCCUGCAAAGCCUUCUUCAAACGCACCAUCCAAGGCAACAUAGAAUACAGCUGUCCAGCCACCAAUGAGUGUGAAAUCACCAAGAGGAGACGCAAGUCCUGCCAGGCCUGCCGCUUCAUGAAGUGUCUGACUGUGGGCAUGCUGAGGGAGGGUAAGGGAAAAGGUGUUCGUCUGGACAGGGUUCGCGGUGGAAGACAGAAGUAUAAACGCCGGAUAGACGCUGACAACAGUCCUUACCUGAACCCCCAGCUGGCUCUGCCCGCCAAGAAGCCAUUUGCCUUUGGCUGCCUUGCAGAUAACAAAAUUGUCUCUCACCUGCUGGUGGCCGAGCCGGAAAAGAUAUACGCCAUGCCCGACCCCACGGUACCAGACAGCGACAUUAAGGCCCUGACCACGCUGUGCGACCUCGCCGACAGAGAACUGGUGGUCAACAUCGGCUGGGCCAAACACAUCCCAGGCUUCUCCACGCUGUCUCUAGCAGACCAGAUGAGUCUACUGCAGAGUGCAUGGAUGGAGAUCUUGAUCCUGCGCGUGGUCUACCGCUCGCUUUCCUUCGAAGACAAGCUGGUGUAUGCAGAGGACUACAUCAUGGACGAGGACCAGUCGAAGCUGGCUGGACUGUUGGACCUGAACAACGCCAUCCUACAGCUGGUCAAGAAGUACAAAGCCAUGAAAAUGGAGAAGGAGGAAUUUGUCACUCUCAAGGCCAUCGCGUUGGCUAACUCAGAUUCCAUGCACAUUGAGGACGUGGAUGCUGUGCAGAAGCUCCAGGACGUGCUCCACGAGGCCCUGCAAGACUACGAGGCUUCCCAGCACCAGGAGGACCCUCGCCGGGCAGGCAAGCUGCUCAUGACCCUGCCUCUGCUCCGCCAGACCUCCACCAAGGCCGUGCAGCACUUCUACAGCAUCAAGCAGGACGGCAAAGUGCCCAUGCACAAACUCUUCCUGGAGCUGCUGGAGGCCAAAGUGUGAGGGCGGAGUCUCCAAACUACUUCCAGUGACCUCUCCACAUUUAACACACACACACACAGUAAUAUGCCCCUUAACUAAACAAGUAAGCUACUCCUCUUACCUUAACUGUCUAAGAUUAAAAAAAAAAAGGCUCACUUGACCUUUCGCUUUUGGGAGGUGCGGGGAUGCAAGCUGACAGACUGAUAUGACCCCGCCUCCUUUAAUGGGGCAGAGACAAAGACGCUUCCUGCUGUUAUUGUCCUGAGCAAGAACGCUGACAAGAACUCUCUCAUAUGCAUUUAAUAAUGAGCUUAUUCAUACCAGGACACAAGGAAAUGUUCAUUUGAUGACCGGUGAGAGUCCCCCUACUCCUCCUCUCCCACCUAUAUUAAUUUUGUAAGUGUUUAAGAAGAUAACUUAAAGGGAAAAAAAAAACACUAAAGAAGUAUUAAUGACAUUUGUAAUCACAUUACGUGUACAUUGACAUUGGGAUGGACAAAGAAGAUGAAGAGAUUUGCCUGCCAAAAGAUGGAACACUUUCAUUACAUUCAGCAGAUGCCAGCAAACGUUCACUAUUAUACACAAUUAUUUGAAGUUUGAUUUUGGAAAAUCCCUUUCUCUUCCAUUAAUAAUUUCCAACCAACAGGGCUGAUUUAUCUACAGUUGGAUUUGCUGUUAACACUUUUGUGGUUCUUCCCAAAUGACGGGCAAGGUUAGCCACAAUGCUCCUGUGUGUCACCCUUGAAAAGGAAAAUUCCAGCAGAGUUAAUGAGCGACUAAGAAGUCAGCAGUUGUUGCUUUUCCACAAAAAAGCUGUGAUAACCAGGCCACCUUGAACACAUCAAUCGUAAAAAAAAACAAAAUGCUGAUAUUUACACACUUUAUCCAACAGGAGACUGAGGGCAGCAAAAAGUGCAACAAUAGCAAAGUGGGGACUAUGGAGUUUAAUACUGCUGGGUCCACAGCACAGCAACAGACUAAACUAGUACAUUUUUUAUGUAGCCUCAAAUGUUACAAUCAAGGCUGCAACAAUUUAUCGGUUAGAAAAAAAAAAGGCUGUUGUUUCGAUUCAUCGUUAAAUGAGUGUAACUAAUGAAAAUGUAUCAAAUCCAGUCAGCAUGGAAUAGCAGUUUCCGCUACAAAAGAGCGUACAUGAGAGCGGUGGCGUGUGGGUGCUGUGUCACAUUUUUAUUAUGCACACAUGUUAAAAGUGCAAUUUCUAUGUUGAUGAUGUGCAUUUAUUAGAAAGAAGAAUGAAGGUUAUGGCAAGCAUGAAAAAUUGGUGUUUGUUUUAAGUAUUUGCCCUAAAGUGCGCAUCGAGGCCAUAAAGUGUGUUUUAUCCGAUUACUCGAUCAGAUAAACUAUUUGAUAGAUUACUAAAAUUAUCGAUAUCUGCAGCCAUACUUAGAAUGUUCUAACCUGCUCGACCAGAACUAGUCACUCGUGGUCCCUGGUUCCGCCUCUGGAAAAGCGUAAAUAGAGCCAAGCGGACACUUGGACUGCUCACAUUGUCCUCAGUCAGUCUGCAGUGUUUCCAUCUUCUCAGCUUCAGCCUCACGUGACUCCGCCCGUGUGCCAAUAGUCCUUUGUCACCUCCGUGCUUCCCUGCUUGCUCACUUUCCUUCCCACGAGAUCAUCUUUACAAGAUGGCCUCGGACCGGUGGGGGACAGAGGGUGCAUUGUGAAGCCCCGCUUUAUGUUUCAUUUCAAGGGGUUUCUAUCUGGAACUAAUCCUUGCUAAUGUACCUAGAAUAGGCGUGUAAAUAACAGCCAUCUUGUAUAUGACAAAUAACAGCAGCUUUUGUUUUGGAACUUCCUGUCAGCUAUUAACUUGACCACGACGCUCAGCUGCUGUCAUGUAUGUAAAAACAUAACCAGUAAUAUCACUUAUUGACAAGGAUGAGGUCAGGGGUCAGGACACCUCGUCAUGGGACUGAGAAGCCAUCGUCUAAAGCCGCGUUUCCACCAGGUGGUACAGUUCUGGUUGCCAUGGUACACUUUGGAACAGUACCCCCCUCACAUCAUGUGACCUCAUCGUAGCAGGACAGGUCACAGCCCCCGUUUUCUGCCUCGUUCCCAAGUCAAUGAAGUUGUCCUGCCAAUAUUUGGAGGUAAUAUCACAGCUAAACGGAAGCAGUAGUUGUCCUGUGUGAAAAGUUGUGAAGUUUAAAAGGGAAGUGCACUGCUUCGGGAAUUUUGCCUGUCAUUCACAAUCCUUAUGUGAGACAAGAACACAUACGUUUUUUUUCCCCCUUUUUAUGCAUUCUAAAUAGUAAAAACAACUGCUAGUAAGAGGCAGCUAACAAUUCAGCCAAUGAGGAUACAUAAAAUGUUGUAAUCCUCCAUUAAUGUUUUAUAUACAUUCUGUAAGUAUACAGGUAUAUGUAAUGUAGAAACGGGAACAUUCAUAAAAACAUUUAAUAUUGACCUUAUUUUGAUCUUUUUAAAUAUUACCCUAACUUCUUUUCUGGGCGCAUUGAUUGCUACUUCCUUCGACAACAACUACUACUAAUAAUCAUAGCAGACUUAAUGAGAGCCUAACGACUGCUUUGGGAUAAGCAAUGAUUCAGAACCUUAGAUUUUUGAGCCUGAAUAUAGGGAGGAUGAGCUACAGGUUUUAGAAUCUGACUGAUAAGCAGACCUAACUAUAGUGAAACAUUUAAGCAUCAUGCAGCGGUAGUGCUACAAAAUGUAAAUGGAGUAUUUUUGUCAGUAUUUGGAUGUUUUUUAGAGGGUUUUAACUAAACAGUGACUUACAUUGCUGACGGGUGGGAUGUUUAUAUCUUUCAGCACAAGACUGGUGUUCCCCGUUUAGAUGACAAAAUCCUCAUAACCGUAACUCCUCAGAUAAAAAAAAAACGCUGAGAGAAAACGAGCACAUUGCCGCGUCUUCCUAGCAAUGUCUACCAUAUUUUUCUCACUAAGUCGCAGUUUUUUUCGUAGUUUGUGUGAAAUUAACACAUUACCGUAAAAUAUCAAAUAAUAUUAUUUAGCUCAUUCACGUAAGAGACUAGACGUAUAAGAUUUCAUGGGAUUUAGCGAUUAGGAGUGACAGAUUGUUUGGUAAAUGUAUAGCAUGUUCUAUAUGUUAUAGUUAUUUGAAUGACUCUUACCAUAAUAUGUUGCGUUAACAUACCAGGCACGUUCUCAGUUGGUUAUUUAUGCCUCAUAUAACGUACACUUAUUCAGCCUGUUGUUCACUAUUCUUUAUUUAUUUUAAAUUGCCUUUCAAAUGUCUAUUCUUGGUGUUGGCUUUUAUCAAAUAAAUUUCCCCCAAAAAUGCGACUUAUACUCCAGUGCGACUAAUAUGGUUUUUUUUUCCUUCUUUAUUAUGCAUUUUCAGCCGGUGCGACUUAUACUCCGAAAAAUACGGUGAAUUGAAUUUCAAAGUUGACCUACUUCUUGGCUUAUUGCCACAACCUUCUACUUUCCAAGUGUGAUGUGAUGAUUUAUAAUCAAGCAAUAACUUGUCCAAACUCAAACGUGAUUCAGCAGCAGCUAAGUAGCUAGCUUACCUCUCUGUGAACAAGGCGCUAAAAGUAGUUCCUCUAAGUUAGCUCUCAUAAUAACCGAUACUUGGUUAAUAUGCAGGUCACGACAUGUAAAUUGGGUAUCGUUGUCAUUAUUUGAAUGUGUUUUUAGAGGGUUUUAUAGCCAGAGAAUGUGAAUCUUAUAAUCUACAUUGUACUAGCAGUUUUUCACUAUUUUGCACAGAAAAGAGAAAAAUGUGUGUUCUUGUCUCGCAUGAGGAUUGUGGAUGGGAAGAAUUCCCCCAAAAAGUGCACUUCCCCUUUAAAACUCACUUCUCCCCUCCUGUGAGUGCGUUGAAAGCGAAACUGGCUGUCAGACAAAACAAAUGAUUCCAGAUGCAAUAUUUAAAGGGUUCUGUGUGAAAGACGCCGGAUCUUCUGACUAGCAGGAUGAAGUGCAACACUUUGACAAAAACAGUUAGAAAUGAGAGAGAUGUAGUUGUUUGGCUUACUUUCCUGCUUAGGAGGUACAGAAUUAUCAGAGCUUGGUCCGUGCAAAAUGGGAUGCCUUAUUGCACUCAGCUGUUGGAAGUAAUUGUCGCUGUCAAACGAGACUAAAGAUGUAAUUAAUUAUGCAAAGCUCAUUCAUAUCCUGCUUUGCUGCGUUCUGCGUGAAAGGCACGGGCCAAUGAACGUAGACGAGUGUUCUGGGGCGGCAAUUUUACAGGCAAUCUUCGUCAAGUCACAACUUUUGACAAUUAAAACUGCUCCGUUUGGUGGUAAUUGCGGUGCUAAAACAAAUUGGCAUCGUCAUCACACAAGUUGGUUUUGCUAUCUAACUUCCUGUUUUUAAAAUGCAAUAACAUAAUAAGUCAAAUAAACUAAAGUUAGAGCAUGCUAAGGCUGAUUUUUUCAGACAUCUGCUUGUGUUUUCUUCACAUAUAACAGUCAUUGCAUCGUUUUAAUACUGUCUCUGCAAACAGGAAGUAGGACCCAGAAAGCUUUAACAGUUAAACGUCAUAAAUGAAUGAUGUAAGUGAUUGGUUCUUAAAGAUGGAUAAAGAUGUCAAGUUGUUUGUCCAAACUACAAGAAGCUGGCAGCUGAGGAUUUAAGUGUAGUCCGCCAUCGUUAUUUAACCUUGUAUAUUGUAAAUAGGGGGAAAAACAGAUUGAAUUCUAACAUAAGACAUUUUAUUGGAGGGCAAAAAGCAACAAUAACAAAAAAAAAAAGGGAUUUAACCUUUGACUUUUGCUUUUUAAUCCUCAAGUCUUCCUUUAUUUUGAGUUGUGUCCCUGUCCUUGUGACGUGGGAGUGGGAGGGGAGGGGUUAAAACACAGCGCUCAUCUCUUACAGACAUAAUGAAUUAUUUAGUAUCUAAAUGAUAACAAGUAUUUACAUGGGAGGAGGGUGAUUUGAAGAAACAAUAUUCUGUAUUAUCUUUCGAGGUUUCACUAACCUGAGGAUGGACCGAGAGACAUUUGAGUAACUCUGAGGGGACUUUUUAAAAAAUAAUCUCACUGUACAUACAUAACUACCUUCCACGCAACUCCAUCAUUUUGCCCCUUUUAUUACAAUUAUCUGAUGAUUUUUUAAAUCAUUUCGAAAAUAAUUACAAGGCCUUUCAAUUAAGUUAUCUUGUCUUUGAUCACUUAAAAAGUGUAGCAUUAUGUCGAAUUUUAAAAGGCUUAGAGGCAUCGUAAACUUUAACAUAAGUGUUUUAAUAGGAGCAAAAGUACCGCUAUUGUUGCAAAACUAGUCCGGCUUUACAAGAUGUUCUGCAGUGAAAGCAGUGACAGAUGCUGCGAGUGUCCCAAAUGUGCACUUGAUUUGACUAUGAUGUGGAAAUUUAAUAGGGGACAGACUUGUGUAUUUGGCACAGGCCAGCCAAGUCAAUAAGAAACCACAUUUAUGGUCCAAAAAAAUGUUUUUGUCAUUUCCGACAAGCAAUAUUUUGUUGCACUCGAUGACUUCCGAUGUUAUUUCUAGUGUUUUCCAUGAGGUGCAAUGGGAAAAUGAGUUGCACUUUAAGCACCGCGGGGUUUUUUUUUCCCUUUCAUCUGUUAUUAACCUGCAAAUAUUGUACGUAAUCAUCUCUCAUGCUCGACUACGACUAUGAAGGAUUGUCCAUCAUUUAGUUGUAUUCACCAUUGGCUGCUGCCUUCAUGUGAAGGGAGCAACAACUUUUAGGGGUAUUCAAAAAAAAAAGAAGAAAAAAAAGACCCUUUUCUUGUGAAGCGUCCUGGACGAAGAUAUGAAAACCCUCCUGUUGUUAUUAAAAAAAAAUAUGUUCUUAGAUUAUAGAUGUGCUUCACAUCAGUAAACUGAAAAUGACAAAAAAAAAAACAACUACCUGUAUAUUUUUGUGAUGUGUAUCAUACAAGUGUGCUCCAAUGAUAAUGUCCAUUUGUGUAAAUGUAUUUAUUUCACACUGUAUAUAUUGUUCAAUGCAAAAAGAGAGAGCUAUGAUUCUGUAAGUUAAACAAAUAUUUGUUUGAAACAUUACAUGUGUUACUCCAGACUAUGCCUUUCAGGAUUAUUACAGUAGAGCAAUAUCGAUUAAAACCAGGCUUCCACUUUU